GCUUCUCUCUCUCUCUCUCUCUCUCUCUCUCUCUCUCUCCUGAUUUGGGCGAUGACCGUGGGGGCGUGAUUUCUAUUUUGAUGGAGGAGUCGAGAGCAGUGCACAAAUUCAGCAAUCAAUAUACAGUUCGUAUUCAAUAAGCUACUAGGCUUCAUGGAAGAAGUGCACAAAAGGUUGGAUGAAUGUGAUGGCAAGGAAAAAGAAACAGAUAGAAGGACAUCGUCUUACCUCUCCAUUGAUAUUCUGGGUAUGAUUAUGGAGCAAAUUCACUUGUCAGACCAAAUCCAUGUUCGUGCUGUUUGCAGUGGCUGGCGACGCGUCCAGUUUUCCCAAGUUAUACCUGUAAAUAAACUGCCAUGCCUAAUGACCCAUAAAUGGGUUUGGGAUGGCAAUAUCCUGAGUAUUUGUAAAUUCCACCUUGCAUCUGUGAAUGUUACUUGCAGUAUUAAACACAUAAUGACGCAGGAAGAUAGGGGGGAUAUUUUUGGUGCAUCAAUUUGUGCUUCAAAAUAUGGCUGGUUGCUUGUGCAAAAAUUUACAGAUCCAUUUGUUUACAAUCCUUUUAGUGGGGAGAUUAUUAGACUACCCAAACUAAGCAUCACCUUCAACAGAGCCACAUUCUCCUCUAUUCCAACAGCUCAAGAUUGCAUGUACUUUGUGUUGCAAAGUUCAAAAAGUGAUCAAUUGAUUGUCAUUUGCAUCUACUGCAAUGGUGAUCAAGAGUGGAAAUGUAUACUUUCAAUAAGCUUUCCUAGGUUGCAAUUGGUUGAGUCUGAUGGGGAGCUUUUACUGGUAUGUUAUAGUGAGCAUUUGCAUGUUUUCAGGUAUUAUUGGCUGCACAGGACAUGGGUCAAGCUGAACAGCUUAGGAAAUCAGGUAUUUUUUCUUGGUGUUUCCUCAUUCUCAUUGUCAGCUGGAGAAGAAACAGAGUUGGCAGACAGGAUAUAUUUUCUUUGUGGUCAGCAGAAUUGUUAUUAUUCCCUUAGGACCCUUACAUAUCACAGGAAUACUGUAUUUAGUCCGCAGGCUAUCGAUAGGUCGCAGGAAUGUACAUGGAUUGAACCAAGGUUCACAGCAUUUCCAUUUAUUGAAGGGGAAGAUCUUGCCCCUAUCAUUGCCCUAUCCAGUGGCUCAGGAGAACAACAAUCUCUCCCCUCAAUCUCUGAUUCGACACCUGGACAGUCUGUCUCUUCUUCUCAAUCUCUCUUUCCCUUGAUGGGCCGACUUCUCUCUGUGUUCUUUCAAGUAUCGCACCAUCAAGAUUGAAGCAUAUAUCAAGCAAAGGUGUUUGGAAGAGCUUCUGGGGGAUGAUGGAACAAGUUUAGAUGAUCAUUGCCUCAUUGGUAAUGUUUUCAAGUAUGUUUCUGUAUCUUUGUUUUUCUACCUUUAGUUUUAGGGAGGGAUGUGGUUUACAUAUGGUAAAGUAGGAUCUACUUAUAAUUAGCCAUUCACAUAAUUUCAUUUUGAAUUCCUUCAUUAAUCUUGUAAAUGCUACUUUUAAAUGACUUCUUAUAUUUUAUCGUGGAUAAUGUUUUGUUCAUAAAA